GGAGGAAGAUGGGCAAGUGCCAUGGGCUUCAGACAGCCAGGAAGCUGCGCAGUCAUCGCCAAGACCAGAAAUGGCAUGAGAAACAAUACAAGAAGGCACAUCUGGGUACUGCUUUGAAAGCCAACCCUUUUGAGGGAGCUUCCCAUGCUAAAGGAAUUGUCCUGGAAAAAGUUGGUGUUGGAGCUAAGCAGCCAAUUUCUGCCACCAGGAAGUGUGUCCGAGUUCAGCUCAUCAAGAAUGGAAAGAAAAUAACAGCCUUUGUUCCUAAUGAUGGUUGUCUCAACUUCAUUGAGGAGAACGAUGAAGUCCUGGUUGCUGAGUUUGGUCGGAAAGGGCAAUCUGUUGGAGACAUUCCCAGUGUUCGCUUCAAGGUUGUUAAAGUAGCCAAUGUUUCUCUGUUAGCAUUGUACAAAGGCAUGAAAGAGAGACCAAGAUCAUAA